GAAGAAGAAAACGAGAAAAACCCGCAAAACUGGCGGGAAUCUCAGAACAAGCUGCUAGUCCUUUCCCUCCAAAUACUUAUUUCUCUCUCUCUGCCUAUUCCUCGGACGUAGACUCACGCUGCCCAGACGCCCCAAAAUCCCAAUUACUCGCCAUGAGCAAGAACGGCAACACCCGGAAACGCCCGCCCCCGCCGCCCCAGCCCUCGCCGGCCCAAACUCCUAAGCACCACGCGGCAUCCCAAGAGGACGACUUCCUGGACGAGGACGUCUUCCUCGACGAAACCCUCUUACUCGAGGACGAGGACGAGGAGAUCCUCCGAGACAUCGACGACCGCCGGGCUCGCGCGGCCCGACUUGCCAAGUGGUCCCGCCCGCCCCUCUCCGACGCCUACGUUUCUCAGUCUCGGAGCAUCCUUUUUCAGCAACUGGAGAUUGAUUAUGUGAUCGGGGAGAGUCAUAAAGAACUGUUGCCCAAAUCAGCUGGACCCGCCGCCAUUAUCCGAAUUUUCGGUGUUACUAGGGAAGGGCAUAGCGUUUGCUGCCAUGUUCAUGGGUUUGAGCCAUAUUUUUACAUCAGCUGCCCUGCUGGAAUGGGCCCUGAUGAUAUCUCUCGGUUUCAUCAAACUCUUGAGGCAAGGAUGAAAGAGGUGAAUCGGAAUGGUAAGGUACCCAAAUAUAUCCGUCGUAUUGAAUUAGUGGAGAAAAGGAGUAUUAUGUACUACCAGCAGCAGACUUCUCAUCCUUUUCUUAAAAUCGUCGUUGCAUUGCCAACAAUGGUGACCAGCUGCCGAGGUAUUCUUGAUAGAGGCAUACAAAUUACUGGUUUUGGCACGAAGAGCUUCAUUACAUUUGAAAGCAAUGUUCUUUUUGCUCUUCGUUUUAUGAUUGACCGUAAUAUUGUUGGUGGGAAUUGGAUUGAAGUUCCUGCUGGAAAAUAUAAGAAGACAGCAAAGAAUUUGUCGUACUGUCAAUUAGAGUUUGAUUGCCUGUAUUCAGAGCUGAUCAGCCAUUCCCCAGAAGGGGAAUUCUCAAAGAUGGCUCCGUUUCGCGUACUUAGUUUUGACAUUGAGUGUGCUGGUCGUAAAGGUCAUUUUCCUGAGCCUACCCAUGAUCCCGUUAUCCAGGUGGCCAAUCUAGUAACUUUGCAGGGAGAGGACCAGCCAUUUAUUCGGAAUGUGAUGACCCUUAACACAUGCUCUUCAAUUGUUGGUGUUGACGUGAUGUCUUUUGAUACAGAGAGAAAAGUUUUGUUAGCUUGGAGAGACUUUAUCCGUGAAGUGGACCCUGAUAUCAUAAUUGGAUAUAACAUUUGCAAAUUUGAUUUGCCAUAUCUCAUUGAGAGGGCUGAGACCUUGGGAAUUGCAGAAUUUCCAAUAUUGGGCCGCAUCAGGAAUAGCAGAGUUCGGGUCAAAGAUACAACAUUUUCUUCAAGACAGAUGGGAACCAGGGAAAGUAAAGAAGUGACAGUAGAAGGGAGGGUUCAAUUUGAUUUGCUCCAGGCUAUCCAACGGGAUUAUAAAUUAAGUUCUUACUCAUUGAAUUCUGUUUCUGCACACUUCCUUUCCGAGCAGAAAGAGGAUGUACACCAUUCAAUAAUCUCUGAUCUUCAGAAUGGAAAUGCUGAAACCAGGAGACGGCUUGCUGUAUAUUGUUUGAAGGAUGCUUAUCUCCCACAGCGGCUUUUGGACAAAUUGAUGUUCAUCUACAACUACGUGGAGAUGGCUCGAGUAACAGGUGUUCCUAUCUCUUUUCUGCUUUCAAGAGGACAGAGCAUCAAGGUACUUUCUCAACUUCUUCGGAAGGCAAAGCAAAAGGGCCUUGUGAUUCCAAAUGUCAAACAGGCAGGAUCUGAACAAGGAACUUAUGAAGGUGCUACUGUUUUGGAGGCAAGGGCAGGAUUUUAUGAGAAGCCGAUUGCAACCUUGGAUUUUGCAUCCUUGUAUCCAUCUAUUAUGAUGGCAUAUAAUUUAUGUUACUGCACUCUGGUGACGCCAGAGAAUGUUCGCAAACUUAACCUUCCCCAAGAAUGUGUCAACAAAACUCCAUCUGGUGAAACAUUUGUUAAAUCCAAUUUACAAAAGGGAAUACUUCCUGAAAUUCUUGAAGAACUGAUUACAGCUCGUAAGAGAGCAAAGGCAGAUUUGAAGGAAGCAAAAGAUCCACUUGAGAAGGCUGUGCUAGAUGGUCGACAGCUGGCCUUGAAGAUAAGUGCAAAUUCUGUAUACGGAUUCACUGGAGCUACUGUCGGUCAGUUACCUUGCUUAGAGAUAUCUUCAAGUGUUACAAGCUAUGGUCGACAAAUGAUUGAGCACACCAAAAAACUUGUCGAAGAUAAAUUUACAAUGCUUGGGGGCUAUGAACACAACGUUGAGGUUAUAUAUGGGGACACAGAUUCAGUUAUGGUACAAUUUGGGGUUGACACUGUGGAGGCUGCCAUGAACUUGGGGAGAGAAGCUGCUGAAUAUAUUAGUGGGACUUUCAUUAAACCUAUCAAACUGGAGUUUGAAAAGGUUUAUUAUCCAUAUCUCUUGAUUAGCAAGAAGAGAUAUGCCGGUUUGCUAUGGACAAAUCCAGACAAGUUUGACAAAAUGGACACUAAAGGUAUUGAAACUGUUCGAAGAGACAAUUGUUUGUUAGUCAAAAACCUGGUAAAUGAGUGCCUACACAAGAUUCUUAUUGACCAGGACAUUCCUGGGGCAGUCCAGUAUGUGAAGAAUAUCAUUGCAGAUCUUCUUAUGAACCGCAUGGAUUUGUCACUUUUGGUUAUCACUAAGGGUCUUACAAAGACAGGAGAUGAUUACGAAGUCAAGACUGCUCAUGUUGAACUUGCCGAGCGUAUGCGCAAGCGAGAUGCUGCUACUGCUCCAAAUGUUGGGGAUCGUGUACCUUAUGUCAUUAUUAAAGCUGCAAAAGGUGCCAAGGCUUAUGAGAAGUCAGAGGAUCCCAUCUAUGUCCUUGAGAAUAACAUACCAAUAGACCCUCAUUACUAUCUUGAAAAUCAAAUAAGCAAGCCACUUCUGAGAAUAUUUGAGCCGAUUUUGAAGAAUGCUAGCAGGGAACUUCUUCAUGGAAGUCAUACAAGAUCUAUCUCUAUCUCUACUCCCUCUAACAGUGGUAUAAUGAAAUUUGCAAAGAAGCAACUCAGUUGCAUUGGCUGCAAAGCUCUAAUUAGCGAUAAAGAUCGAAUUCUGUGCUCACACUGUAAGGGGAGAGAAGCCGAACUUUACUGCAAAACAGUGGCUCAUGUGUCUGAGCUGGAGAUGCUUUUUGGGAGGUUGUGGACACAAUGCCAAGAGUGUCAAGGUUCUCUUCACCAGGAUGUGCUCUGCACAAGUCGGGAUUGUCCAAUAUUUUAUCGGCGAAAGAAGGCACAGAAAGACAUGGCUGAAGCCAAGCUACAAUUAGAGCGGUGGAACUUCUAAAGUUCUUCCAAGGUUGGCGUAUUGUUCCCCUUCCCCGAAUUGGUUUACUAAAUUCGAUCUCCUGAUUGAUAGCAAGUGCAUAUGGAGGUAUGCACAAUUUCUCAAAUGAUAUAGUCAAGGGGGAUGGUACCUGACGUAAAGUGUGAUUUUUGAACAUUCGGGUUCAAGAGUUGAACAUAGGUGUUUUUUGGCACGAGAAAGCGAAACUAAAGGGAAUGGAAGUUCUCAGUAAUUCUAAAAUUAAGGGGCCAGUUUGUGUUGGCAAUAUUUUGCCCGAUCGUACUCCUUCUACCAAUAUGUCAAGAAUCGGCUUCAAGGUGCUUUGCUCUGCUAUUAAAAAUCUGCUAGUCAUUCUUGACCUUUCUGCUAGAAGUUAGAGAGGAGGGAUGAGUUUUUAAAUUGGCUGGUGAAUUGGAUUUGUGGUUUUGGUAGUUGAGACAUUUGUAGACUCAAACGAUUCCUAAUUAAACUAGCUCUAUGCCUGUCUAGAUCUUGGAGGGAGGGCAUUCUGAUAGAUUCACUUCACAGUAGUGUGUUAAUAUAUGUAGAUGAGUUCAUCGUCUUUGUUUGUUAAAGGGGACUUGGAAGUGUUGUAUCAUGAGAUCUUAAUAUUUGUUGUACACUUUCUGAGAAGAAAUUUGUCAUUGAUGCCUAA